AUGUUCAGCAAGAAGCCCUACGAUGGCCCCCCCACGGGCUAUGGCCCCCCAACAGGCUACGGGCCGCCCACGGGUGGCUACGGCUACAGCGUGCACUCGCCCCCGCCGGGCUCCUACUACAUCGAGGACGUGCCCCAGCACUUCUACAAGUGGAGCUCGCCGCCCGGCGUGGUCAGGAUCCUGGAGGCCAUCGUCAUCCUGCUCUGCAUCGCCAUCUUCGCCUGCGUGGCCUCCACGCUGGCCUGGGAAUACGGCUAUGGCUACGGCUCCACUUUCGGCAGCGGCCUGGGCGGCUACCUGGGCGGCACCGGCUACUACGGCAGCGGCCUCGGCUACGGCUCGGGCUACGGUUAUGGUUACGGGGGCUACUACAGCGGUGUCACCAACCCGCGGGCGGCCAAUGGCUUCAUGAUCGCCAUGUCCGUGCUCUGCUUCCUGGCCCAGCUGGGCUUCUUCGUGGCCAGCGUGAGCAAGGCGAGCAGCUCGCGCUCCCGCCGCUUCUACCUGGUGGUCAUCGUGGCCUCCGCCGUGCUGGCCUUCAUCAUGCUCAUCGCCUCCAUCGUCUACAUCAUGGGCGUGAACCCCCAGGCGCAGAUGACCAGCAGCUACUACUACAGCCCCUUGCUGGCCAUGUGCAACCAGGUGUACAGCAGUGGCACCUAUCUCAACCAGUACCUGUACCACUACUGCACUGUGGACCCCCAGGAGGCUGUGGCCAUCGUCUGUGGCUUCCUCAUCGUUAUCUUGCUCUGCCUCAUCUGCUUCUUCGCCCACAAGACGCGGAGCAAGAUCUGGAAGUACGGGAAGCCAAACAUCUACUGGGAUAAGGUGCCGGUGGUGCAGGAGGGCCCCAACGUGGAGGAGUGGGUGAAGAACGUGGCGGACGGGGCCAGCGUGCAGGACGAGACGGCCACGCUGGCCUAUUCGGAGAAGCCGGUGAGCCCCGUGCAGGCCCCCCCCUACAGCGCCCCGUCCUACAGCUACCCCCCGCCGCCGUCACACAACGGCUACGGCCCCCCCGAGAGCUGCGCCGGCCGUAGCUCCCUGGGCGCCGCGGAGCAGCCCGAGCGGGCGCUGAGCACCAGCCCCGUGGCGGAGAAGGGCCGGGAGCAGCCGAGCAAACCCUCGGCUCGCCGGGGCCGCCGCCGCCGCCGCAACCCCGAGCUCGACGAGUCGCAGUACGAGACCGACUACACCACGGCCGUGGAGUCGGGCGACGAGCGCGACCGGGACUGCUGGGCCAGCCUCUACCCGCCCAUCGCCUCGGACGGCACCCGCCAGAAGUACAAGCAGGAGUUCGACAGCGACCUGCGGCGCUACAAGCGGCUCUGCGCCGAGAUGGACGGUGUCAACGACCGCCUGGCCCAGCUCAGCAAGCAGCUGGACACGCUGGCCGAGGAGAGCGCCCAGUACCAGGACGUGGCCGAGGAGUACAACCGCCUCAAGGACUCCAAGCGGAGCGCCGAGUACCAGACGAAGAAGGCGGAGAGCAAAGCGCUGCGCAACAAGCUCUUCCACAUCAAGCGCAUGGUGAGCGACUACGACAAGACGCGGGGGUAGCGCCU